CGCCAGUUCAGAGCUCGAAAUUUUCCCUCACACCCACCCGGCUAGCUAACGACGCUGCUUGCAUUGCUGGAUCUGAGGAAGAUUAGAACAAAAGUGUGAAGUUUCAACAUUGAAGUCUGUCCCAAGGCUAGGUUGAAGUGAGCAUAAGGAGUAUACAGCUCUCUCUCACUUCCCGAUCAUUGUAGUCUGAAGAAUGGCAGACUGAGAAUGAGAGAGACAAGUUGAUAAGAACCUUGGAAUAUAUUUUGGACAGGAAUACUUUCAUCAUAUACAGGACGUAAAGAGACCAAGAUGGCCUACCACUGGCAGAGUCAGGGUCGCAAGACCAGUGGAGUGGAGGACAUGGUUCUACUCAGCAAGAUUCAAGAGGGCGCUAUAGUGGAGAACCUGAAGAAACGCUUCAUGGAUGACUUGAUCUAUACAUACAUCGGCCCUGUGCUGAUAUCCAUCAAUCCAUUCAAACAGAUGCCAUACUUCACAGAGAAGGAGGUUGAUAUGUACCAAGGAGCUGCCAUAUAUGAGAACCCCCCUCAUGUGUACGCCCUUACAGAUGACAUGUACAGAAACAUGUUGAUAGAAUACGAGAACCAAUGCGUAAUCAUCAGUGGAGAGAGUGGAGCUGGAAAGACCGUCGCAGCCAAGUAUAUCAUGGCGUACAUCGCCAAGGUUUCCGGGGGAGGAGCUACUGUUCAGCACGUCAAAGAAGUCAUUAUCCAAUCAAAUCCGCUCUUAGAAGCCUUCGGUAACGCCAAGACAGUGAGGAACAACAACUCGAGUAGAUUUGGGAAGUAUGUAGAGAUCCAGUUCACCAGAGCAGGAGCACCUGAUGGAGGGAAGAUAACAAACUUCCUGCUGGAGAAGUCCAGAGUGGUCAGUCAAAACACUGAUGAAAGGAACUUUCAUAUCUUCUAUCAGCUCCUGUGUGGGGCCAACCAUCAACAAAAAGAGAAUCUUGGUCUGACAACACCAGACUACUACUUCUACCUGAACCAGAGUGGAUCAUACAAAGUGGAUGGGUUAGACGAUGUCAAAGAAUACAAGGAUACUCUGAAUGCCAUGUCUGUGAUUGGAAUAUCCGAAGAUGAUCAAGAGAAUGUUCUCUCCUGCGUGGCUGGCAUACUCCAUCUUGGAAACAUUGUGUUUGUAGAAAAGGACAACUAUGCUGUCAUACAUGAUGAUGAGUUUCUUGAUUUCCCGUCCUACCUGCUUGGGCUGGACAAGGAAGCGCUACGUAAGAAGCUGAUCAGCCGUCGUAUGGACAGUAAAUGGGGCGGGAAGGCGGAGCAUAUAGAGGUCACACUUAACACAGAGCAAGCAGCUCAUACCAGAGAUGCUCUAGCUAAGGCUGUCCAUUCAAGACUAUUUGACUUCCUCGUUAGUUCCAUCAAUGGUGCCAUGCAGAAGCAGAAGGUAGAGAUCACAAUAGGAGUUCUGGAUAUCUAUGGCUUUGAGAUCUUUCAACAGAAUGGCUUUGAACAGUUCUGCAUUAACUUUGUGAACGAGAAGCUUCAGCAGAUCUUUAUAGAACUCACACUCAAAGCUGAGCAGGAAGAGUAUGUAGCAGAAGGGAUCAAGUGGAAGAAGAUUGAUUACUUCAACAACAAGAUUGUGUGUGAUCUCAUUGAGAGCAAGGUACCUCCCGGAGUCAUGUGCAUCCUGGAUGACGUGUGUGCGACCAUGCAUGCCGUGAGCGAUGGUGCCGAUGAAAAGCUUCUACAGAAGAUGAACAGUGCCGUGGGAACGCAUCAGCACUACGGGGUCUUGAGUGGGGGAUUCAUUGUACAUCAUUACGCUGGCCAGGUGCGGUAUACAGUAGAAGGAUUCUGUGAGAGGAAUCGUGAUGUACUCUUCACUGAUCUCAUCGAACUUAUGCAGUCAAGUGAGAACUCGUUCUUCAUGACCCUAUUUCCCGAGAAGAUCGCGGGUCAAGCCAAGUCACGACCCACUACAGCUAGCAGCAAAAUCAAAACUCAGGCCAACAAGCUAGUAGACAAACUGAUGCAAUGUACACCUCAUUACAUCCGCUGUAUCAAACCAAACGAGACAAAGAGACCUCAGGACUGGGAAGAAAAAAGGGUAUAUCAUCAAGUUGAAUACCUGGGACUGAAGGAGAACAUCAGGGUGAGGCGAGCUGGUUUCGCUUACAGGAGAGAAUUCGACAAAUUUCUCAGACGGUAUGCUAUCUUGACUCCCGAGACAUGGCCAAGGUGGGGAGGUGAUGUCAAGUCUGGGGUCAAUCAUCUACUACGCGCUGUCAACAUGGACACUGAUGAGUUUCAGCUAGGCAAGACAAAGGUCUUCAUCAGGAAACCAGAAUCUCUCUUUCUCCUAGAAGAACAGAGAGAGAGAAAGUUUGACUUUCAUGCUCGGAUCAUCCAGAAGGCAUUCAGACAAUUCAAUGCACAGAAGUACUAUCUCAGACUCAAACAGCAAGCCAGUGACAUCCUGUUCGACAAGAAGGAGAGGAGGCGCUACAGUCUCAACCGUAACUUUGUCGGGGACUACAUCGGCUUUGAGCACAAUGUAUCCCUGCAGGCGUUGGUUGCUAGGAGAGAGAGGAUUGAGUUUGCUGAUAAGGUCAACAAGUAUGACAGGAGAUUCAAGGUCACGAAGCGAGACCUGCUACUAUCAGGCAGGAAUAUCUAUCUGAUUGGUCGAGAGCAGAUCAAGAAAGGGCCAGAGAAAGGUCAGAUCAGGGACGUGGUCAAAAGGAAGAUUCCCCUCAACCAUAUACACAGUGUAUCUCUCAGUACUCUUCAGGAUGACAUGUUUGUGCUCCAUGUAAGUGAGGAAUAUGACAGCAUCUUAGAGUCCACUUUCAAGACUGAAUUCCUGACCGUACUCAACAAGAAGUUCCAAGAGACUCUACAACAGAAACUGAUGGUCAACUUCAAUGACUCGAUCGAGUUUUCAGUGAAGAAGGAAGGAUGGGGUGGAGGAGGAACGAGGACAGUGAGGUUUGCUCAGGGUCAGGGAGACACUGCCGUUCUCAAGCCGUCCAGCAAGAUACUGACCGUUAGCAUUGGUAGUGGACUUCCACGCAACUCAAGACCUGGACUACGUGAUGUCAAGGUGACGAGCAAAGACAGGCAGGCCGGUAACCGCGGCAACAGUAACCGUGGCAACAGUAAUCGCGGCAAUGGACAUGUAUCAAGGAGGCCCGCUCCCAGCCAGCCUGCCCCAGGCAAACCCACUGCUCCGUAUGCCCUGGUACAGAAGAGAGGGGGUCCUACCAGCCCCACCAAAGGAGGCAUGAAACGUACUUCAAGUCGAAGGAAGAGUGGAGAGCAGCCCCAUCUACCAAAAGGGGGCGCCCAGAUCUUCGCCAAACAGUUCAAGAACGUGAUCAACAGCCAAGACUACCUACAGACACCAGACGCUGGGGUAUCAGGGCAAAAACGUAGGACCAUAAAGGGCAGCCGCCCUGCACCUGGAGCUGGUAGACCCAAGCCCAAACCACAACCACCAGCCCCGUCCAGACCAAAGUGUCGUACCAUCUACCCCUACGAUGCGGGCGAUACGGAUGAGUUGUCAUUCGGAGAAGGAGAGACUAUAGAAAUCAUUUUGGAAGAUGCCUCUGGUUGGUGGAGAGGUAAGCUACGAGGGAGAGAGGGACUCUUCCCGGCCAAUUACAUUGAAAAGAUUUGAUGACAUCAUUCACGACAUCAUCAUAGAUAACUCUGCAUGUUAUCAUGCAGUCAUCAUACUAGUAUCUUACAUUGUAUUUAAUACAUGGUGGGAAUAGAUUUUUAUUUGCACUAGCAUCUGUGCUUCUUGGCUAUUGACAUUUGUUCAGACGGCGAUUGCUCUUGUUUGAAUUCAACAGCAGUAUAGGGUUAGGGUUACAAAUGCAAUCAGGUUUUCGGUCAUUAGUAUUAGGUAUAUAGGGUUAGUUUUAAGGUUAGGUAUAAUAUUGGGUCCAGGUUGAAAUUAGGAAAUGACCACAGCGUAAUUGUUGCAGGAGCAUGCCUGUGUCAUACAACCCUCUUCUGGUAUAUUUGACAGAGUAAUAUGCGGUACAUAAAAUGUAACUUUCGUUGAGGUUGCAUAUGUUAGUAGAUAGAGUCACAGUGUAUGGAAUGAGAUUUAUACCAUGCACAAAAUCUUGGAUCAUUACUAUGAAAUUAUCAUUUUUUUUAA